AAGAGGGGGAAUUUGUGGAGUGAAUUGCUAUGGAAACCUCGUGUAAAACUUAUCAGGACGCAAACUUCACUGAACUUAGUCACCUAGUUAAUUAAUAGCGUGGUUGCGUGCAAGAAUGACCGAGAUGAUCAUUCAUGAUAAAGAUAAAAAGGAAAAGCGUGGUUUCUCGUCGUGUCAGAAAACACGUGAAAGAGCAAAGUACAUGAAAUCUAUGUUGAUGCUGAAGCAGCAAGAGCAUUCGCUGGAGAAGAAUCUCGCUAACUUAAUGGGGAACAUGAAACUGGAUCCUGAAGUUCUAAGACCUGUUCUGCAUAAUACGGGCGACAUCUCGAAAAACAGGCAAAUCUUUCUGGAUGGCAUAACCAGAUCUUUGGAGGAAAUUGCCGAAGAACUUCGAUUGGUAAAAUCCAUAGAAGAUUCUCCCGAGACAAUCCAGAGAUUAGACACAAAUGCUUACAAGCGACGGCUUGUAAAACUUUCACAAAAAAUUCGGAAGAUCGAAGAAUCCUGUCAAUUACAAACUUUGUCGCAAGAACAAACAAUUUUAGAGUCUGAAUUACGGGAAUUUCAAAUAAAUUUACAUAAAUAUGAAAGUGCAAUCGGUAGCACAGGCAAAUCACCAUCUGUAGCGUCUUCUUCUACUGCUAAAAGAAAUAAAAAGGGUCAAGAUUAUAAAGAGAUUCAGGACUUCCAUGCAUUAAUUGCUAAAACAGGCCAUACCGAGAACUGGAGCAACGAAGAUCACCUGCUGUUCGUGAGAUUGCGCAAGAAAUGCAGCAACAUCCCUGCUCUGGUAGCCGCUAUUCAAGCCAAGUGUCCAGAUCUGACUGCGGAAAUUAUAGUGAAUCAUGAGGCUUGGUACAAGAUUUACUUAAAUCUGCGCGAGAAACAACAGUUGGCAGUCAGAGAGUGGCGUAAACAGAAAGAAAUGGAGAAGCUGAAGAAUCACGAGGACGAAACGGAUGUCGAAGACCUGAUACAAACUUCUACAAAAAAAAGCUCUAAUAUCGCAAAAAAACUUCCAACUCACGCGAUGGAUAAUAAGUGCGAAACAAAAAUACCAAAGACUGGAGAUAUUGUUGAUAACGCGAAUCAGAAAAAAGAAUUGAUAAACCGAUGGAAAGCGGAAAGAGAGAAGAAACGAUUAAUGGAUGAGGAACAGUCGAAAAAUUUAAUGGCUGCGAAACUUGACGCGCAAGAAAAACGUAAGAAAGAAAAAUAUAAAAAAAUUCAAGAAUCUUUAGCAAAGUAUCGUGAGAAAAAGUCGAUGGAAACUCCUUCAGAAACUGCAAAAGCGGCACCGAGAUACAAUGCGAAGUUGAUCAAAGCUUUUAGGGAGCAAGAUGAAGAGUAUACGAACAGAAGGAAAGUUUUGAUAGCAAAAGUACUGAAACCAACAACUCAAACUACAAAAGUUGUAGGAUCGCAAAUAGCAAGAAGACGAAAUCACAACUCAACUCUUUUAAAUUCAACCAAAGUGUGGAGAGAAAAGUGCAAAACGCAAGAUCUUAUUACAAAAGAGCCAAAGAAAUUGCAAUAUAUUAAAGACGUCCCUCGUCUGUGGAGAAACAAACAAGAAUCGACGGAGAUUAAAAAUGUUCUGACAUUUUUCUGAAGUUAACAUUUCUUUCAGCCAAAGUUGUCACGCAAUACAGCGCAAUACUUGUU